AUGACCAGAGAUCUUCUCUGUUACAACUGCAGCAUGAUCUUUACUAUUCCCCAAAUUUUACUCUCUCUUCCAAAUUUGAGCUUUGGGAUGUCAACACUGACUGUUGUUUGUGGGAGGGGAGUUACCUGUGAUGCUUUUGGUCAUGUCAUUGGGCUUGAUCUUAGUUACAAGAACAUUUCAGGAAGCUUUGACUCCAUUUUCGAUCUCCAUCAUAUUCAACACCUUAACCUUGCUGGAAACAACUUUAACACCACUCUGCUUUCCUAUGGGUUUGAUAAACUCCCAAAUCUAACUCAUCUCAACCUUUCAAUCUCAUGUUUCCAUGGCCAAAUUCCAGUGAAGAUCUCAUUCUCAACAAGGUUAGUUUCUCUUGAUCUCUCUAAUCAAGAUGAUUGCUAUCGGAGAUAUUAUCACUUUCUCGACCCACACAAUGGCAUCUACGACUAUGAUCCAUUGCCUUAUGAACUUCAACGACCUCUUAAAUUAGAAAAUCCAGAUUUCAAAACAUUAAUCAAGAAUUUGAGGAAUCUAACAGAGCUUAACUUGGAUGGAGUGGACAUUUCAUUUCAUAGUAUCAAAUGGUGCAAAACCACAUCUUUAGUACUUUCCAAGCUUCAAGUGUUGGGCAUGUCAAACUGUGGUUUAAAGGGUCCAUUAUGUUCUUCACUCUCCAAACUUGCUUUUCUUUCCAAACUUUUCCUUGGUGGGAACCCAAUCUCUUCUUUACCUCCCAAUUUCUUGGAAAUAUCCUCUCGCCUGGUUUCUCUUAGUUUAGCGAAUUGCGGUUUGAGUGGGUAUUUUCCAAUAGAAAUUCUACUAUUGCCAAAAAUCCAAAGCAUUGACCUUUCAGCCAAUUACGAUCUUAUGGGUGAGUUGCCAGAAUUUCCAUCAAACAGUGCUUUACGGAAUUUGUCUCUUUCUGAAACAUAUUUCGGUGGGAAAGUACCUGAAUCAAUAGGUAACCUUAAGUUGUUGACAGAUUUAACUCUUAGUCAUUGUAAUUUUUCGGGACCCAUUCCAUCAUCAAUUGCAAAUCUUAGUCAACUGGUGAACCUGGAUCUAUCAGGUAACAAUCUCAGUGGUUUAAUCCCUCCAUUUCAUAGAUUUGGAGUUCCAAAUCUUGCAUAUCUCCAUUUGGGUGGGAACAGGCUUUCUGGAUCAAUAAGUUCUUCUUUAUUUACCCUUCCAUCAUUACAGGUUCUCUCUCUCGAAGAAAAUCAAUUAGAUGGAAAAAAUCAUGACUUGCCCAAUGCAUCAUCUUCAUUGAUUGAGGAAUUAAAUUUUGGCAAAAAUUAUUUAACAGGUCCAAUCCCGAAAUUUAUCCUUCAACUUCCAAGGCUUGAAUGGCUUUUUCUUGGAGGCAAUAGCUUUAGUUCCAUGAAGCUUUCCUCGUUUGUCCAAUUGAAGAAUUUAAGGGAUCUCGACCUAUCCGAUAUAAGCUUGUUAGUUGAAAGCAACAACAUCAGUAUUAAUUUUCCCCAAUUAGAGAGCCUAUGGGUAAGCUCAUGCAACCUCACUGAAGUUCCAGGAUUCUUCAAAACACAAGACAAGUUGGUUGAGCUAGAUCUUUCUAACAACCACAUACAUGGUGUUGUGCCUAAUUGGUUGUGGAAGAGCACUCUUCAAUUGUUACAGCUUUCUUUCAAUCCCAUUGAUUUUUCAAAACAACUUCCCUUAAGUGAUGCAAACUUCUCUUUUCCAAUGCUGAGGGAAUUAUAUAUGGGAUCAUGCAACAUAAGUGCAUUUCCAGAGUUCUUAAGGAGUCAAGAAAAAUUACAAGUACUCGACCUUUCAAAUAACCGAAUAAGUGGUGCAAUACCAAACUGGGUGUGGAAGAAAAGUUUGUUUGACCUGAAUCUUGCUAAUAACCAUCUCUCAUCUUUGGACCAACUUUUACCCAACCAGAGUUUUACUUCUUCGUAG